AUGAGCGUCGCGCGCUUUAAUUUCUCCCACGGUUCGCACGACUACCAUCAGGAGACCCUGGACAAUCUUCGCACAGCGUCCGCCAAUACCGGCAUCAUGUGCGCCGUGCUGCUGGAUACCAAGGGUCCGGAGAUCCGCACGGGGUUCCUGAAGGACAGCAAGCCGGUGCAGCUGGUGAAGGGGAACGAGGUGACGAUAACGACGGACUACGAGGCGCUGGGCGACGAGACCACCAUCGCCAUGAGCUACAAGAGCCUUCCCAGCGACGUCAAGCCCGGCGGACAGAUUCUCUGCGCCGACGGGUCAAUCACGCUCAGCGUGAUCUCGUGCAACCCCACGGCAGGCACGGUGCAGUGUCGGUGUGAGAACACGGCAGUGCUGGGCGAGCGCAAGAACGUGAACCUGCCGGGAGUGAUAGUGGACCUGCCCACCAUCACGAGCAAGGACGAGGAGGACAUCAUGCAGUGGGGCGUGCCCAACCGCGUCGACUUCAUUGCUGCUUCCUUCGUGCGCAAGGGGUCGGACCUUGGGAUCAUCCGCAAGCUGCUGGGACCCAAGUUCAGCAAGUCCAUCCAGAUCAUCUCCAAGGUGGAGAACCAGGAGGGGCUGGUGAACUUUGACGACAUUCUGCGCGAGUCAGACGGCAUCAUGGUGGCUCGAGGCGACCUGGGCAUGGAAAUCCCCAUCGAGAAAAUCUUUCUCGCGCAGAAGAUGAUGAUCCACAAGUGCAACGCUGCAGGCAAGCCGGUGGUGACGGCCACACAGAUGCUUGAAUCCAUGACCAAGUCCCCCCGCCCCACGCGUGCGGAGGCGACGGACGUGGCGAAUGCAGUGCUGGACGGCACCGACGCCGUCAUGCUGUCGGGGGAGACGGCCGCGGGGUCAUGGCCCGUGGAGGCCGUCACCGUGAUGGCACGCAUCUGCCGGGAGGCAGAGGCGUCGCUGGACUAUCACUCCAUCUUCAAGACCAUCAUGGCCGAGGCUGCCAUGCCCAUGAGCCCCCUGGAGAGUCUGGCGUCUUCUGCUGUGCGCACCGCCAAUAAGGCGCGUGCGGUGCUGAUCAUUGUGCUCACCAGGGGAGGCUCCACCGCCAAGCUAGUGGCCAAGUACCGCCCGCCCAUGCCCAUCCUCUCUGUAGCCGUCCCCGUUAUGACGUCGGACGACCUCACGUGGUCCAUUAGUGACGAGUCUCCUGCUAGGCACGCGCUUGUGUGCCGUGGUCUUGUCCCGUUGCUGGCCGAGGGGGCUGCCAGAGCCACGGAUUCAGAUACGACUGAUGAGCUUAUCUCUGCGGCGUUGAGAGCGGCCAAGCAGAGGGGGUUCUGCCGUGAAGGGGAGUCGGUGGUUGCUCUUCAUCGCAUCGGGAAUGCGGCUGUGAUCAAAAUCAUCUCGGUGAAGUAA